AUGGGCAAUUCAACACCUACAGAACCCGCCCCCGCCUACGAGGACCUAUUCCACCAACCUUCCAGCUCACAGAACGGCUAUGCCAUGGUCGGUCAAACAGACAUCAAUGAAAACCAAGACCUGGAACAGGGUCAACCCCUUUGUACCAUUCCCACAGCUAUUGAGCCGGGUCAACACCUCCACUGUGCAGAAUGUGAUAGAAAGCGGGAGGCCAGAGAAAGACGUGCGAGUUCCCAGAAAGCAUGUGCCAUGGUUGCGAAGACGUUUAUCUUGAUUUCUCUCUUCAUCAUGAUAUUGGGGAUCGUUGGCGUUCAGGCUUGGAAGGAGGUUCGGAUGAAGAAGUUGCAUAGUCAUAGUUAA